AAACUAAAGUCUUAUUCAUUUUAGCUAAAGGGAGGGGAAGCUUCUAAAGCAUUAAAACAAAACAUGAAAUACACACUGUUUGGAAUAGAGGAAUUUUAAUAAAUAUUAAGCUUGCUGUGAUUUUACUUUUUCUCAGGCAGAACAGUGCAGUGUAGAAAAACAGUUUUAUGACAGAAUCAGCUUUUGUUUUUGCUAGUCAUAUGGUGUGACAGAUCUUUUAAGACUUUUGUGCUAGUGUUGCUAAAGAACAUGCAAGUUUUGUGCUGAUACUAUGCCUCCUUUCUCACAGAUCGCUCUGAAAGAAAUAAACCAGACUGCCGCUCUUCAGGCCAAGGACCCUUGUCAUCCAUAAGAGCAGCAAUCAAGAGAUCACUCAUGAAUAGUGCACAUCAAAAAUGCCCCGUGGAAGAGCUUCUCGGACUUCUAGCCAUAGUGAACAGCAGAGGGAUAGAAGGCGUCCUGAAAUUACAAUAGUUGCUGCUGAACCCCUCCGGCCAUCCUCCUGGUUUCCAGGUGCAAGCCCUGUCGCUCCUCAGGGAUUAGGAUUCCCUUCUUCUUCAUCUCAUGCUCAGUGGAGGACAAAUGAGCUUAUUCCAGCUGAGCUUCCACCGUCUUAUGAGCAGGUGAUAAAAGAAAUUAAUCAAGUGCAAGUCAAUACAACAAAUAACAAUAAUGCUGCUGCUUCUAGACAUACCACUACUUCUGCAACACAAACUGACUUUCCAGAGGAACUAAUCAGCCGUUUGCCAGCAAGUAAUGUAAAAAACAGUGUGCCUGCACACUGGGAAUCUGCAAGCUAUCCAGGGCAAAGUCCUCUGAAACCUCCUAGGCCUUCUGCAUCUCUCCUGAAUAGGUCUUCAGAAAAUGAGACUUCCUUAAUAGGUUUUGAAGUUUCUGAAGGUCAGAAGCGCCAAGAAAAUCCCAAUGCUGUGAUAUGUCCUGUGCCAAAGCCAAGAUCAAGAAGCAAUCUCAGACCUGUGGUCAAAAAUACUGAAAGUCAGAUAAGAGACAAUGGGGAAGAAGUGAACCAGUCUAACACAAAGAGGCAGCAACCUUCAGUCGAGCAGUCGUCUGUGUUAGAUGAUAGCUUACUAGACAAUCAUUUGGCAGUGGACAGCAUGAGUACAGAGAAGAGCCAAAAUAGUAUUGUUUCAAGGAUCAAAGUUUUUGAAACCCAAGGAACUAAUGAUACCUCAGGAUUAGCAAAGAAACCAGAAAUUGCGCCUCGUUCAUUCGCCCCAAGACCUGUACCUGCAAAGAAGCCAGUAGUUGCUCCAAAGCCAGGGCUAAGCAGAGUUUCGGGAGAUUGGGAUGCAUGGACAGAAAGCAAAUCAACACCUUCUUCCAAGGAAUUGCAGCUUCAACCUGAAGCAGUUGGGAACAGUGUUGCAACCAAACCUGAACUGCCAAAGAAACCAAAACCUGGCCUUGUAAAAAGUAGUAGUAGUGAUUUUCUUGAUACAAAGAGUGGAUCGGUUGCAGAGAACAGCGAUGGACAAAAGAAAUUUCCUGUUCCUGCUCCAAGGCCUCUCGUUCCUAAAAAGUCACCUUGUGCAGAAAAUCCUGCCUUUUCUUUGGCCACGCUAAAACCAAUUGCUGCUCCCCCACGGGCUCCUGUAUCUGCCCAAGAAAAAGUUUCCAAGUCUCUGGGGGAAUUGUCACCUGCAGCCAACUCCUCAGCACUCACUUUGCAAAGUAAACUAGAUGUUGAAGGAGAUCUGAUCAGUUUUGAUGAUGAUGUUUUGCCCCUGAGUCCACCUUGUGUCGUUAAAGAUAGCAUCAUUGGUGAAGCAGCAGCAGAUCCAUUCCAGUUCUUCUCCAAAAGUGAACCAGCAAAGGAACAGGCAGCUCAACCAGCUUUAGCACGGAAACCCACUGUUAUCCGAAUUCCAGCUAAACCCAGGAAAUCUUUAAAUGAAAUCCCUCAUGGCCCUCCACCACUUCCUGCUGAAAAGCCUAUUGGCAACACCUCUGACAUCACAGCAGGCAAACCCAACAGUGGUGACCUAGUAAAAAGAGUGGAGUUGGAUCAUUCAGAACAGGCUGGAGCACCUCAGCCAGAACCUGCACUACCUCCAAGGCCUGUGAAUGGAAAAAUUGUACCAGCUCGACCUCCCCCACCUAAAGGAGUUCCUGGAAGGCCACCUCCACCAAAACUCUCUGCAACCAAGACCUCCUCCCAGAAGGAUGCUCUUUCCCGAUCCACUUCUGACAUUGCUCCUGAUAAAAAGCCAAGCAAGUUCAAAUUGGGACCCAAGAGAACAAAGAGCCAAGUAUUAAAAAAUCAAGAUCCAGCUUUACCUCCUAGACCUAAACCAGGUCACCCCCUCUACAAUAAAUACAUGCUACCUUUGUCUCAUGGAAUUGCCAAGGAAGAUUGCCUUCCCAGGAACCAUGGGGAACCGUCCUGUAAGGAUUCAAACAACCCUCCAAAAGUUUCUGACACAAGUGCACCUCAUGCUGUAGUCCUGCAUGAUUUUUCUGCAGAGCAUGCUGAUGACUUGGACCUUCGUUCUGGAGAUACAGUUUGUCUUUUGGAGAAAAUUGAUGCUGAGUGGUACAGAGGAAAAUGUGGGAAUCGCACAGGGAUAUUUCCCGCCAGCUUUGUGAAAGUAAUUAUUGAUGUUCCAGAAGAAGGCAAAAGGAAAAAAAUACCCUGCUUGUCACCAUCUAUUAAAGGGCCAAGAUGCAUAGCACGAUUUGAGUAUAUUGGAGAUCACAGAGACGAACUCAGUUUUUCAGAAGGUGAAACUAUCAUCCUUAAAGAAUAUGUAAAUGAAGAGUGGGCCAAAGGAGAGCUUAGAGGCAUGUCUGGAAUUUUCCCCUUGAACUUUGUGGAAGUAAUUGAAGACCUGCCUGGAACAGGUAUAGGAGCCGCACUGAAGAACAAAGUGGAGGUUUCUUCUUCCCUUCUUCAGAACAACAGACACUCAGUGGAGUGGUGUGAAGCACUUCAUGAUUUCACAGCAGAAACCAAAGACGAUUUAUCCUUUAGAAAGGGAGACUACAUCCAGAUACUGGAACAAGUAGAUUCAGAGUGGUACAGAGGAAGACUGAAUGACAAGGAAGGGAUUUUCCCAGCAGUGUUUGUUCAGAUCUGCUCAGCCAGGGUAGAGAUGUCACAGUCUCUAGGAGGGAAGAAAAGAAAAGCCAAAGCUCUUUAUGAUUUUCAUGGCGAAAAUGAAGAUGAGCUUUCCUUCAAGGCAGGUGAUAUCAUAACAGAGCUGGAAUCCGUAGAUGAGGACUGGAUGAGUGGAGAACUGCAAGGAAAACCUGGGAUAUUUCCCAAGAACUUUGUUCAAAUUUUAAGAACACCAUGAAGUAUUGCCUGUCUUUAUACUCCCUAUAUGUGGGAGAGAAUGUUUUCUAGCCUGAAGGCACAACAAAAACAUCAAUGUAUUUUGACUAUCAAUGUUUUGCACUACUUUUUCUAGACAGUCAUACGAGUAUCUUGAAGUCAAAGGAGACAAGUCUAGUCUUUUGUGACUGUGUGGACUGUGUGUUUAGCCAUGCUUCGUGAAUGCUCUGAGAGCAAAUACAAGCACGAUUUUUAGUGGUUUCCAGCUAGGGAAAUACUGUGGUGCAGCACCAUUUUAACUUAAACAGCAUUCUGGUAUGUUUACUACCUGAUAUUACAUUUGUCAUGCACAAAGUCUGCAUAAAGUAAGCUUCCAUGGGCUUCUUUUAAAAUUGUUUAAAGAGUUGUUUUUAAUAUAUAACUACAGCACUCAGUAUGUAGAUCAAGUCUGAUAUUCAGGUUUCUUUACUGCUUGACUUCCACAUUAUCAGUAGAAUCCACUUAUUUUUAUGACUUAGAGGUAACUUAUCUCAUAGUAGAAAAAUAUCAGAUUUAGAACUGGUAAGAGGGAAAACUAAUGCAAAUCUUUGUGUACUAUUCUCCUAUUCUUAGCCAAGCUGCUCAUAUGGGAAGAUCAGAAAACAGAAGUAUUUUGCCUCUUAACUAAUAGCAUUCAAAUUGGUAUGAACCAUCUUAAACCUCUUCUCCCUUACCGUAAAUCUUUUCUAGGUGGAGCUUUAGUUGUUCAACUACCCGGUUCUUCUUCAAGCACCACCCAGCCCUUCUGUCCCAGCAGCAGUUAGCUGUGAUGGACAGCAUUUACUGGGCUUUUUCAGCUCCCCUCGUGCAGUAGCUGCACUAUUUCAACUAUUUGCCCCUCCACCCCUUUCAUGUAAGUGGAAAGCCAGUCUUCACUCAGUCUGCAUUUCAUUUGUCACUCAAGCACUGGAACAUACUUCAGUAACACUAUUCCUCUCCUUAACAUGAAGGAUAUUAUACAGCCUUGGUUUUAGCUUUCAGCAGACAUGGGAUUAGUUUUCAGUUUGUUACCACGUACCAGCUAUACUGAGCAUCAUUAUAAAUGGUCUGUCGAGGCCUUAAGGAAAAAACGCCUGGCAAACUGGUACAUCAAGAAGCUUGAACAAAAUCAUUUAGUAAAAAGCAGCGGUGCAACUUGAACAACAGAAACUGAGACAGACGUGACUGCGGGAGCUGAGCCUUCUGGCAGUAAAUUCCUUUUUGUGACACUUGCCUUCUGACAAAGUAGUUAAACACGCCUUGAUAAGCAACUAACCUCUGCCUGGAACAGGAAAAAUAGUGUUGAAGCCAGCUGGUGAGGGCGGCUCUCCCACUCCACUCACUGCACAUUGGUUCCCAUCGCAGCAGGCAGACACCAGGGAAUGGGCACUCCCUGUCAGGGUAGCCAGACGGGGCUUGCCUAAAGUGAGCGUGCAGGGAGCACGCAGCACAGCACCAAAAGAAGGGUUCCGGCACUCAUUUGUUCCGCAGAUCUCACCAUGAUGCCACAGUACUCACAAAUGCAGACACAGGCUUUAGCACUCCAAAGUUUUUUCUCUAGAAGCUUCACAAAUGUGAAGUGGUGUGUAUUUAAACUCAUCAGUCAUGCAGCUGGCAGAUGAAGAUCACAAAGCUUUAGUGAGCUGAGAACUGGAUUUUUACUUUCAUUAAAGGGAUUAACAUUAUAAAAACAAUUGUAAAUCAUGUACUGUUCCAGAAGAACGGAAACAUGACUGUUUCUACAGCUACUAUUCAGUUUUAAAAUCCCAGCAAACCUAUCCUGAACUCUUGUGGAAUUAACUUCAACCUAAGUCCACCUCUGCGAACAAUUCAUCCCAUUCUCCCAGCUCUCCUGCCAGGAGGUGCUAAAGGUUCUUGUUCAUUCAGAUAGAGCAGCCCUUUUUUCUUUCUAGAGAACUCUGACGAAAUGAAUACAUAAGAGAUUCCUGACUUUUCAACCAUAAACUUUCAGUGGACCGCCCUAUUAAACAGGCUUCUUGCGCCAUGGCCUGUGCCAAGACAACUCCUGAACCUCUUGCAAUCAGAGCACGAGGAGAACAGCAAGAAGAAAGCCACCCCAACAAGCAGAAUAGCGGUCGUCAGAAAACACAUUUAAUCUUCAUGAUGGUAGCUGAGGCUGAAGCGGAUGAGGCUUACUUACUGCUUGUCUGGCAGUUUUCUAAGAUUUUGAUACAAGUCUCAAGUUAGAACAGAUUUUUUUUUUUUUCCAAUCUCCUCACCCUCGUUUCUAUAACUGUGGUAUUGACCAGUUGUUUUUCUAACUUCCAUGGGAUGUUUGAAGUCCGUGCCUCCGAGUAGGUAAGACUGCUCUUCUUUCAUCAUCUCCUCCGAUUACGCAGGAAAGGAAGAGCAGCAGCGCCUUACAUUCAGUGCAAGGAGUGCCAUCUAAAGGCUGUUUACAUUACUGCAGACACAAGCUAUUAAAGUCAAAGAUGGUUGGCUUUUACAGGAAGGGAUUUUCUUAAGACUUGAUGCCUACUAUCACCAUGAAACUGCAUACAGAUAAUACAAUUUCUAAGGUGUACAGUACAUAAUGUGCAGAAAAGCAAGAAUGAAGUUGAGCACACAUCUUACCUGCAAUGUAGUAGCAAAUUUCAGCUGUAACCUUGGAAUUCAGCCAGAGCCCCAUAUGUUAGUGUAAUAGAAAAUGUUUUGAUAAAACAAGGCUUUUAUUGUUUGCCCCACCCUCUGGAACUAUCUUCAGGAAGGAGACUGUUCUGUGUACAAUUAACCGUGUGGUAAAUAAAUCUUUGUUAAGUCCGGUAAGUUUGUUAUGGUACCUCUGUAAAUUAAAAAUGUAUUUAACCAAUAAAUUUUUAUAAU